GCUGUGUUGAAACUGCUCUCCACACUGUGACUGCGCAGGGCGGGGCUCCAGCUUCUGUAGUACGUGUGCUUCACAGCAGCUAGCUUGCGGAUAGUUAGCCGACGCUUUUGCUUCGAGGAAGUCACAAACAUGGUGCUAUUGGAAAACGACUCGGUAAGAAGAAUUAACACUGUUGUAUGAAGAACAUAACAUAACAUUAUUAAACAGUUCGCUGUCUUUUCACUUCUGCUGUCCGAAGCCGGUUUGUAGUUUCAGCGCUAGCAAAGAUAGAUCAGACCUCAGGCUGUCUCAGGAGCUAGCCUGCUAAUGUUGAAGCUAACACUGUUUUUGUCAAGAGGGUAACAAAAAGAAAUUAGAUUUGUUGUUGCUCUUUAUUCCUUAUAAGAACUUGCUUUUGUAACCUUGUUUCAUAAUAUUGUAGCACAAGACUGUUCAUGGUUAUAGGGUAUGUGCUAUGAUACUGUAGGUGAAUGAGGUGAACGUAUUUUAACAUUGUGAACUGUGUGGCAAGAAAAAUAAAAUUAAGAAAUAAAAAUGUAGCAACACUUCGGAGCUUUUAUAGAUAUAAAUUGAAUAUUUAUUGAAAAUCAUGCUGUUUUAGUGACCUGCUCUCUGUCCAGCUUAGGAAGUGUUAAAACAGAUUCCUCUCAGCAGCAGGAUCACUGUGGUUUGAUAAUAUAUUAUAGACUGUUUCCCAGUAUUUCCCACACUAGAGAAAAAGAAAAAUCAUCAUUUAGUUUAAAAUGAUGAACAGAUUCUUAAGAUGUAUGUAAUAUUUAAAAAAGCAGUGCAUUUUAAAGACAAGAGGGGUGCAGCCUGUGUUUUCUCUCCUUUCCCUGUUUUGCCUUUUUUACAAUUCAUGGCUGAAGUUUCACAAACCUGAAACUGAUUCUUAAAGAGCCUGUAGCCUGUCUUGGAUACUGAAGACUAGAUCAGACAAAUCUAUUUUUCGUGAUUCUGGAUUAAGACCUGAUUCAAUGUGGUCUGGACGGGAAAAAUAACCACUUUGCCCUGUGGCAUGUUUACCAAAAGAAAAGUAGUUUUCACAGAAUUAAAGUUUAACAAACCUAAAACAUAUUUUAAGAAGUUUGUAAGCUUGGAUAAUGUUGUCCAGAUUUGAGAAGUGUAAUGGUUAUGGAUAGGGCUGGGGGAUAAAACGAUAUAUGUUGAAAAUUAAUUUCCCUCAAUAUCAAUGUAAAACAUGGUCAAUAUGCUUUUUGAUAGUCAGCUCCUGCCAUGUUUUAGAAGACAAAACAAAUAGCCCAUGAAAAGGGGAGUUGCUCUGGGUCCGCUUCAUGCUGAACCAAUCAUGUGCUGAAUUAGAACCAAGUAGCAAACAACUGUGUAGUAGGAGGCUGCAGCGACACACAGCUACAGCACUGUUGGAGAGGAAAAAAGAAAAUGAGAGCUACCCCCGGCAGAUAUGCAGAUGAAGGCUCAACAGAUGACGACAUCGUCAACAACAUUGGCACUAAAACAUUGGUAGUGCUAAGGUAUUUUGGUUUUUUGGAGCCCAUGAUGCAUGCGCGGCUGAAACAGCUGAUCAUUCAGUCUGCUUUCUUUAGAGCAAUGCCUUACGACAAAACGUGGAAAAGACACAGAGACCUCACAGAUGCAGUAGCUUAUUGUAUUGCAAAAGACGUGCUACCAAUAAGGACUGUUAAAUUUCAAUUUUUUUUAUCAUGAUGUAUAUUAAUAUCUGCUGAUAUGAAAAAAAAUAUUGUGAUAAAAUUUUUCCCAUAUCAUCCAGCCCUAGUGAAUCAGGAUCUUGUUUCCUUUAACGCCCCCUAGAUUCAACAAUUGAAUUGGAAGCUACAAAUACAAAAUGCAAAUGAGUCUCAUUUUUGAUUGUCUGUGUUGAACAGCUGCAACCCAGAACUUCAUAAAUCAUGGGAACACAGACUGUUUUAUAAAAACAGCGGUUUAAGUAUGUUUUGUGCUCUGUUGUCCAGUUCCUCACAGAACUCACACGGCUUUUCCAAAAGUGCCGAGCUUCUGGCAGUGUUGUCAUCACACUAAAGAAAUGUAAGUAGAUCUCUCAGAGUUUUUUCUGAUCAUAACUGGGGACAAGUUUUGGAGAAAAGCUGGGAGUUCUCUGCUUCAGUGUUUUGUCAAGCUUCAGUGGGAUGUGUCUCUUUUGUGUAGAUGAUGGGAGGACCAAGCCAGUGCCCCGGAAAGGCCACUCAGAGUCAUUUGAACCAGCAGACACUAAAUGUCUCCUUCGAGCAUCUGAUGGCAAGAAGAAAAUUAGCACAGUGGUGAGCUUACUUUCUACUGUUACUGAAAAGUGAGUCUUGGAUCGCUGAUUUGCUGUAAAUGCUAAACUCUUAUUACUUGUCGUUUCAGGUCAGCACAAAAGAAGUUAUUAAGUUUCAAAUGGUAGGUUGAUCCUUCUUUGUAUUCGUGCUGUGAUGUGCUUGAUUAGGUUUUCCUGUCUAAGACUUGACUGUAAUCUCUUAUCUUCUUGAUGAAAGAGUUAAGUCUAACAGAAACUUCCCUUUGCAGGCGUACUCCAACCUCCUUCGAGCUCACAUGGAUGGAUUAAAGAAGAAAGAUAAGAAAAGCAAAAGCAAGAAAACCAAAGCCACCCAAUGAGAAACAGACUCUUAACAUCAUCUUGGGUACCUAAACUGAAGAAAUGGGAGAGGCCUUCACUUGGUCUGUUACCCUCCUGACUUACUUCCUGCUCAACCCCUAGGCCUCAGAAACAUGUUCAUCCACAAGGCGGCCGCUUUGAAAUCACACCAUAUUUUGCAUGGUACCGUCUCCUCCUCUGCUGCUCAGUGGCGUUGGUGAAAAGGAACAGGAACCCUGGGGAUUAUCUUUACUCACACAGGAAGAAAGAAGUCAGCUUUAUUAAAACUAUCAUAUCUUCUUCAGAACCGGGUGGAAAACAGCUGUGUCACAUCUAGAUCAAAUCUGUGGGGCCUGGUUAUUAGCUGCCUUUUAAUUUAAUCGCCAUUUAAUUGUUAGAAGUCCCUAUUUAUGUUGUAUUUACAACUGACAGGUGAGCUGUUCUGACAUGAUUUUAUUUGACAGGGUCGAGAGAAAAAUGUAAACCAUUCAGUCACAAGACCUUUAUUUCUGUUUGAGACAUAAAUUUAAAUCAAAUCUGAUGUUUUUUUUCUCUUUAAAUUGUAAUUUUUCCCUUUUAAUGAAAAAAUGUUCUAAGUUUAGUCCACUGAGCUGUCAGACAAGCAGUCUUAAUAUUUUGAAAGUGAAUGCGAUACGUUUUUGAGUGAGGAAAAUGACACAGAAAAAGGGUUCAAAGUUGUGGAUUUACUGAAAGGCUUGUUUGAGUUUUGAAAACAGAGAGCAUUGGCUGUAGUUCUAAUAAGACCAUUUAUUUUCAUCACAGGGCAGGAUUAAAUGCAGCCAGAAUAUUCUGUAAACUCUUUGUGAUGUCUUGUCAUUCUCCUGAGUCCCACAGAGGAAUUUAAGUUUGGAAAUAAAGUGCUUUGUUUGUUAAAAGUCA